GGGCGGACACCCCUUCAUUGGGCUGCCAAGCACGGCCACUCUAACGUUAUAGCGGAUUUGCUACGCAGUGGAGCAAACCCGGCUGAGCAAACCCGCAAUGGCCGGUCCGCCCUUCACUGGGCGGCCAGUCGCGGGCACCAGUCCGUCGUCGAGAUACUGUUCUCGGACGACCGUGUCGAUGCCGGAUGUCAGUCCCAAAACGGGUGGACCGCUUUGCACUGGGCCGCCUGUAGUGGGAACCGAGCAGUCGUG